AUGGUUCUGAAUAAAACCGAAGUCAUCUCCGCUUCACCAAGCGAGGAGUAUUUCUACCGUAAAGUCCUGGAAAUGACUGAUGGGAUAGAGAAUUCAGGGGGUCUCAAAUGGGACCUUUCCCUGUGUCUUCUGCUGGCCUGGUUGAUUGUGUUCUUGGUCUUGAUUAAGGGAAUAAAGUCCUUGGGGAAGGCUGUUUAUUUUACUGCCCUUUUCCCUCAUGUCAUCUUGGCCAUUCUCCUUGUACGUGGUGUUUUACUGGAAGGAUCCGCAGAAGGCAUUAAAUAUUAUCUGACGCCUGAUUUUAAUCGACUUCUAGACUCUGAGGUGUGGAGUGACGCAGUCGUUCAGAAUUUUUAUUCGCUCAGCGUAUCUUUGGGAGGCCUGAUAGCGAUGUCAAGCUACAACAAAUUCCACAACAACUGCUUCAGGGACGCGCUAAUUUGUUCCCUUAUGAACUUCGGGACUAGCGUUUAUGCUGGAUUGGUCAUCUUCUCUGUGCUUGGCUACAUGGCGCAUAUAUCUGGGAAAGAUGUGGCUGAUGUUGCUAGUCAAGGCCCUGGCCUUGCCUUCAUCGUGUAUCCAGAGGCCAUAUCCCAGAUGCCGUUACCGACUCUGUGGGCCAUUCUGUUCUUCUCCAUGAUGCUGUUACUGGGAUUCAGCGCACAGUUUUCUAUGGCUGAGACCGUUUUGAGCAGUAUAAUGGACGAAUAUCCACAUAUUCUACGUGUUAGUAAAUGGAGGGAAACCAUCAUGAGGGGCGUCGUGUGCGGAGUGUGUUUUCUGCUCGGGCUGCCGAUGUGUGCAAGGGGUGGCCACUAUCUGUUAGAUCUAAUGGAUCACAGUGUUGGAGGGUUCCCGUUGCUGUUUGUUAGUUUAUUUGAAUGCGCAAUACUGCAGUGGGUGUAUGGAUGGUCCAGGUUUUCUGAGGACGUGAAAAUAAUGCUUGGCAAGAAGCCUGGUAUCUACUUUCGGAUCACUUGGUGCUGUUUAUCGCCACUUCUUAUGUUGGCUGUCAUAGUAUUCAAAUUCAUUCAGCUGAAGCCAUACAUGUAUCAUGGCUAUACAUUCCCUGUAUGGGCUCAGGCCAUAGGAUGGGUAAUUGCCUUGACCCCCGUCGUCCUCAUCCCUGCCUGGUUCCUGGGAAGAUACUGCUACGAUGGCGGUUUCCAGGCCUUAAAGAGAGCUGGAUCACCGCAAGCUGACUGGGGACCUGCACGUGCAGAAGACCGCGCCAGGACAAUCUACCACACGGAUUCCAAGGCAAAAACUCUCAAUGGAAACGGUACAUCCAACCCCGCUUUUGAUCAAUACUCAUACGAGUAG